UUUAUUUUGGUUUCGGUUCGACUAAACCGGAAGUUUCUUUCUUGAUUCACACAUGGCCUUUACGUAAAAUUUUUGGGCUUGUGACUGAGCGCGGUCCUUUAGAUAUGGCGGGAACAGAUAUGGACCCUGAGGUGGCUCGGGGCUUGUUUGAAGAAGGAGCCACGCUUGUUUUACUCGGUGUUCCUGAGGGAACAGAGUUGGGACUUGACUACAAAACCUGGACUUUGGGACCCCGGUUCCGUGGGGUGAAGAUGAUUCCUCCAGGACUGCACUUCCUCCACUACUGCUGCUCUCCAGUGGAGCCUGGUGAAAUUGGCCCCAAAACAGGCCUGUUUCUGUCCCUGAAACCUCGGGAGGUGCUCGUAGCUCACUGGAACAAGAGAGAAGAGGAUCUGGAGUUCUCACAUCCGGAGGAGGCCGAGCGCAUACGGGCCAGUCUCAGAGAACUGGACGGCUAUCUGGGCCCCUAUCCCUACGACACUCUCCGCAAGUGGGUUUCCCUGACCGACAGACUGAGUCAGGAGGUAGCCAUCGCUCUGCAGCCCCUCAGCGGGAGGGUGUGCGCCUUCAGCGACGUCAUCCCAGAGCUGAGGCUGACCCACACUAGAGACCGGGAGGAGCAGAACCUGCCCCGCAACGAUCGGGAGUGUCAGAGCAUGAAGGAGGGGCUGGACAGGCUGCCACGGAUGAAACUGAGGGAAGGCACGGAGCUGCGCUUUUCCAGCAUUCCCCAACAGGCGUACCCUCCGGGAUCGACGCCUGCUCAGAUCACCCAGUAUAGUCUGGACUGGAGUUACGCUCUAAACUGCGUGCUUGAGAGCCAUUAUAAAGAGCAGCCGCUCAAUGUACUGGGAGAGCUGCAGUUUGCCUUCGUGUGUUUCCUGGUGGGGAAUGUGUACGAGGCCUUCGAGCACUGGAAAAGCCUGCUGGCUCUGCUGUGCCGCUCCGAGGAGGCCAUGAAGGAGAGGAAGGAGCUGUAUCUGGGCCUCAUCGCUGUCCUCUACCAUCAGCUGGGAGAAAUCCCCCCGGACUUCUUUGUGGACAUCGUGUCGCAGAACAACUUCCUCACCUCCACACUUCAGGACUUCUUCCAGUUUGCCAGCAGUCCCGGAGUCGACAGCACGUUACGGAAAAGAGCAGAGAAGUUUAAAGUCCAUCUGACCAAAAAGUUUCGUUGGGACUUUGAUGCAGAUCUUGAUGAAUGUGCUCCAGUGGUGGUGGAGCUUCCAGAGGGGGUCACGGUGGACUGAUGCUGCUUCACAUGAUCCACGCCGUUUGAAACGGCAGGCUUUAUAUUGUUUUCACAUGAAGAUAAUCAUCUCUUUUCAAACUCAUUCAUCAGAUACUCCUGCAUCUGGAUAUUUUUCUGUCACUUCCUGAAGAAAUAUUGAAGUUCAGUUGUAUUAAUUAAAGCUUAUUAUUUCACUGGGUCA